GAGCUCACAGUUUAUAUCUGGGCACGGAAGUGGUAAGGUGUUGGUCGGAAAACCGGUAAAAAAGAAGGAAAAGUCGAUUUUAAGUGUACGCGGACGAAAUGCACGAUCCAACUUCCGUUUUGACUGGCAUGAUGCCGUUCGAUGCAAUGAGCCUGUACGAACAGCCCAAGCCACGGUUCAUUUUUAAAAUGCCUAGGGUAGUGCCCGAUCAGAAAGCGAAAUUCGAAUCCGACGAACUUUUCAGGAGGCUCAGCAGAGAAAGCGAGAUAAGGUAUACGGGUUACAGAGACAGACCCCAAGAAGAAAGAGUGGCGAGGUUUCAAAACGCCUGUCGUGAAGGUCACACUGAAAUAGCAUUCGCAGCAACCGGAACCAACUUGCAGUUGGUAUUCGCGCCUCCUUCUCCUGGAUAUAUGCCCGAAAAAGAGUGCGAUUUUGAAAAGGAACCCGGGAAAGUAAACAUCAAAGCUUCCUUCAUAAUGAACGGAGUAUGCGUGAGAUGGCGGGGCUGGAUCGAUCUCGAACGUUUGGACGGUGUCGGCUGUAUCGAAUACGAUGAAGAGCGUGCCCUUCAGGAAGACGCGAUUUUAAGGGAACAAAUUGAGAGAUAUAAUCAGAGGUUGCGGGAGUUUGAAGACAAACAGAGAGGAUAUAGGCAAGACAGGCCCGACCAAGACCUUGAGUUGAGAAUGUCUAACAACAUCCAUCACCAUGGCCAUCACGCGGCUGUGGCACCUCGCUGUCAUGGACCACCAAGGGGAGAAAGAAGAAUGCCGUAAACACGUGUAGUUUUGGUUAUUUAUGGAUUUUAUGUGAUAUUAAUUUUAUGAUUCCAAUUUUUUUAUCAAGCAAUAAUAUUAGGUAUAAGGCGUAAGGCUUUUUAUACUUUCAGAAUCUAAAGCCUGUUGUAAACGCAUGUUUUUGUGAUUGUAUUUGUAAUAAAAAGUUUCUGUUGCGACGUU